AUUAUAUAAAAUAAUGUAAUUAAUAAUAAUCGAUCAUAAUGGGUAAAAAUUUAAAUUCUUCAAUUCAAAAUUCUAAACAAUCAACAUGGAAACGAAUGUUUACGAUAUCAUCACAUUGGGAAGAUAAAGAUGAAUUCUUGGACGUAAUCUAUUGGGGCCGACAAUUAGUUUCAAUAAUAAUUGGUAUCGUUUGGGGUAUUCUUGGAUUGACCGGUGCAUUCGGAUUACUUAGUUAUAUGGCUACCAGUUCGGCUGUGGUUUAUUUAUAUUCAAUCAAUGUCAAUGAUGAUUCUGAAGAUGCUUUGACUGCUGUUAAAGAAGGCUUCAUGACAUCAUUGGCCGCAUUUUUGGUCACAUGGAUUCUUGUCUAUACUUAUCUUUAUUUCUAGAAGCUAUAAGAAAAUUAUAUCUUACAAAAUGAAUUCAAAGGAGCAUUCCUUCUUAUCUUACCCAUAUUAAUUAUAAAUUUAUUAUUAUUAUUCAUUGAGUUUUUUUUAUAAAAUUUACAUUUUUAUU